GUGCACCGGGCUGGGGCCGGGGCCAGGGCAGGGGCCGGGGCCGGAGUGCAGCGAAGAGGGAGCUCGCCCGCCCCAGCCCGAGUCCCGCCACCGCGGGGCCCAGAGCCAUGGAGCCAGACAACAGCCCACGGAAGAUCCAGUUUACGGUCCCUCUACUGGAGCCGCACCUGGACCCGGAGGCGGCCGAGCAGAUUCGGAGGCGCCGCCCCACCCCUGCCACACUUGUGCUGACCAGUGACCAGUCAUCCCCAGAGAUAGAUGAAGACCGGAUCCCUAACUCACUUCUCAAGUCCACUUUGUCAAUGUCUCCACGGCAACGGAAGAAGAUGACAAGGACCACACCCACCAUGAAAGAGCUCCAGACGAUGGUUGAGCAUCACCUAGGGCAACAGAAGCAAGGAGAGGAACCUGAGGGAGCCCCUGAGAGCACAGGGAGCCGGGAGUCCUGCCCACCUGGGAUCCCAGACAUAGGCUCAGCGUCAAGGCCAGAUACCUCUGGGACAGCACAAAAGCCUGCGGAAUCCACACCCAAAACUCAGGAGCAGUGUGGUGUGGAGCCCAGCACAGAGGACCCCUCAGUCCACAUACCAUCUCUGGAUUCCCACGGAGCCAGCUUGGUCUGACAGGAGUUGGCAUCCUGGGAUCGCCACUGCAGUGUGGAAACUCAUGGACACUGGAUGUUUCUUAAUCCCUUGUUUUUAAAAGUGAUAAAUUUGGUGUUAGGUCCU